AUGGUGAAAAAGAGGUAGAAAUGGUUUCAAUUUAUUGAUAUGUUGCUUAAUGAUGAGCACAAGAAGAAGACAUUAAAGUAGUCCAAGGAAAACACAAUUAAUAUAUUAUAAAUAAUUUAAAGGAUUUCUUUGAUAUAAAUAAUUUAAUUAUUUUUUUUAAACAUUUUAAGCAAAAUAGAAGUAACAAAAUGGACAACGAAGAAAAUGAGAAAUAAGAUCUUUCAGUAGGUGUGUUAUAAAUAAUGCAUUUGUUCGCUAUAUAUACCAUUAUAUAUUAAUUUUAAUUCCUAUUUUAUCUUUAGUUUAUAACCAAUUAAAUAAGAAAGAUAUUGGAUUCAGACCCAAAAAGCUAACAAUUUCAAGAGAUUUACAAGUAUUAAUAUAUUAAAAAUCAUUUAGAGUUAAGCGUGUGAUAUUUGCGCAGUUGGAUUCGAAAGCAGAUUUUAAUAAUAAGAAAGAGGUAAACAUAGCAAAAUAAUAGUUACAAAGGAAUGACAAUAAUAUCCUGUUAUGGUUGUUAAUUAAGCUGUCACUUGUAUUGUUAUGGUAUUUCCACUGAAAUAGAGUUGAAUCCAAAUUCUAAUAAUUAAGGAUAUUUUGCAUGUGAUAAAUGCAAAUAUAGUCAGAAGCAAGAUUAAAUAUGCAUUGUCUGUAAUCAAAAAGGCGGUUUGAAGAAAAGAAUAAAUGAUACAAAUGAAUUUGUUCAUCCUCUUUGUGGAUUAUUAUCCAAACAACUUGAAUUAACAUCAUUUAUGGGAAUGAAAUUCAAGAAGCCAAACAACAUAUUGUAAGUUCCUAAAUAAAUAUGUUCAUAUUGCAAAUCACAAGGAGCCACCAUUAGAUGUUAAUAAUCAGAAUGCAAUACUUAUGCUCACAUAUAUUGUAUAGUCAAUUACAUCGCAAGUUUCGGUGGUUACAAUUCAAAUUACUCAGAAAAUUAAUAAAGACCAACAGGGUGGGAAAUCCAAUUUAAUUAUAAAUAAUUGUUCUGCCCUGGUAACCUUGUAUAAGCAGGAAAUGAUAAGACUCAAUUAAAAAUUAAAUCCUAAUCUAUUUUUUAAUAAUUUAUGGAAAUUUAGAAAGUGGAUAAGUAAAUUAAUUUAGAUUAACUAUAUGAUAUGUAUCAAUAAUAAGAAAAAAUAGAAGAAGAAAAAGAGUAUGUAUUUAUGUUAUGCUAGUUAAUUGGUGGAAUUCUUUUGUUCUCCUCAUUAGAAUUAAUAGAUUUAUUGUUGUUGUCAAUAACAAUUAGCAAAUGAUUCUGAUGAAAUGGUCUAAUGUGAAACCUGUAUGGAAUGGUAUCAUGAUAAGUGUUUACGUCAAUAUCAAGAUGAUUAUGAAGAGUAGAAAAAUAAGGAACAUUAUUUCUGUCCUUUCUGUAAUCAAUGGAGCAAUAAUCGUUUUGAUCAUAUUCUUAAAUAUGUUCCAGUUAACAAUUUAAAGUCUUUGCUGCCACCUUUUUUAAAAAUGACAUUCAAUACUCUUAUCAUUCUAGGCAUCUAUUGUGAAAGAAGCUUGACUGCAUAGAUUUCCUCAUGUAAAAUUACCUAAUAUUUACUAGAUUCUGAAUCUGAGUACACCAUUAUAGAAACAAUCUUGAGUAAUUUACCAUUUUAUUAACCCUUACAAUAGCAAUUAUCAUAAAUUAAGUAAAAAUCAAAUGUUACUGAUUUUAUGAAUUUCCUUUUUAAAUCAUAGAUAGCUUAUAGAGAUAAUAAUCAAUGGAGUAUUUUAUCAUAAUUAGAUGAAUCAAAUUAACCUAUUUAACAAAAUAUAAUAUAAAACAACGAAUUAAGAGAUAAAUUAAAUUAAGCUAUAAAUUUAUUUAAAGAUUUUGACGAGUGCAAAUUUUAUAUUGAAUAACUAAAUAAAUUGAAUAAUUUAUAAUAAGCUUUUUAAAUUAUUGCAUCCAGAACUAAAAUUACUAAAAAUACUAUAUAAAAUCAGUAUAAAUCUAAUGAAUUUUAAGAAUUCUUAUUUUUGCAAUCACAAGUGUAGGAAUAUAAACGAAUAAAGAAAAGAUUUAUUAGCAAAUUGGAAGAAGCUGAAGAUAAAUUCUGUGAUUUUGAAUAGAUCAUGAAUGAAGAUGUCUAGGAUUCCUCUGAAGAUGAGGAUGAAAUAGAGGAUGAGCUAGAGGAUUAUGAGAAAUUACAGAGCUAUUUGGGUCUGUAGAUUUCCUAAAUUAAAAAUUACUAAUAAUUUUAUAAUCUCACUUCUGAAACAAGAAUCAAAUUAAAUAAGAUUAAAUUAAGCAAAGAAUUUGUUGAAAAAACAAUUAAAGAAUUUGAUGCAAUAUUAAUUUCAGUACCCUGGGUAGAAAUCUUAAGAAAAGAGUUAUAAGAAGGAAAUCUAAUUGUUUAAUAGUUAGAAAAUGCAAAGUCAACUGAUGAAAUAUAGAUAUUGUUAAAGAAGCUUGAAGAAUUACCAUUCCAUUAUAAUGAUUUUCCAGAGUUGUAUGAAUUUAUAUCUAAAUACUAAUUAUAUGAGAGAUAUAUGCAAGAUUUGGAACUGCAAGAAAAGGAUGAAGAUGACAGUGAAAUCUAGGUUACUAAGGAUAUUCAGACAAAGAUCACCUGUGAACAUCUUUAAAUGUUGAAAUAAUUAUCUAUUGAAAUCAAAGCUCCUGAGAAAGACAAGUAGAUUUUGGAGCAAGUGGAAAAGUAGUUAAAUGAAUUUAGAUAGAAAUUGAGAGGUAUGAUUGAACAUAAGAGUUUGAAUGAAUAAAUGAGAAAGAAGUUUUAGGCUGAACUAUAAAUGAAUAAAAUUUAUGAUGUUCCUGAAAUCUAAGAAUUAUAGAAAAGACUAGAAUAAUUUUAAGAAGUUGAAAAAAUUAGAAUGGCUAAAUCUUAAACUCUUUAACAAUUAGAGUAGGCUUUAGAAAAGUCUAAAGAACUAAAUUUUGACGAAAAGAUUAUUAAUCAAUUUGAUUAGGAGAUAACUAAAUGUUUAUAGAAAAAGAAGGAAAUUAAAUAUUUGUUGGAGAAUGAAAUAUUUGAUACUGAUUAAUUAGAUUAGGCUAAAUAAUUACUCUAAGAUAUUUCUUAAAGUAAGAUAAUUUAUGAAGAGAAAUAAUUAUUAUAGAGUUUGAAUAAGGCUUGCUAAUUUAUUUAACAAUUAUAUGAAUUUUAUUAAAAAUAUAAAUCUCCAGAUUAAGAAAUGGAAAUUGAAGAUGAUAAAAAUCCAGAUUUAUAAUUUAAAAUUAAUUAAGUUUGCAAUCCCUUUUAAAUUCUAUUUAAAGAUGAUAAUGAAACCAUCAUCCUAGAAUUAGAAAAUAUUUUAAGCAAAUAAUCAAUCAUACUUGACAAAAGAAUAAAUACUGUUUUAAAUAAUUAUUAGCAUUUUCUUUGGUAAAAACAAGCCAAACUAUUGUUAUCCUUUUGGGAAUCCAAAUAAGAAUUGCAAGUAUAAUUAAUUGAAGCAGUACUUUCGAAGACAUUCAUAUUGGAUGAAGAUGAAUAGGCCAAAUUAAUUAAUUUUUCAGAGAUGUUCUAUAAUCAAUAAAAAAUAGCGUUUGCUUUAAGUACUUAGAUCGGAAACUAUUUAUUUUAAGUGCCUCUACCACAAGAAUUAGAAGGAUGGUUCUACUUAUAUGGUUAAGUAACUCUUUCUAUAAAAGGAGGAAUCUGGGACUAAGUAAAAAUAUAUAAUGUUUGGGUUACAAUUGUAAAGAAAUAUUUUGAAAUUACCACAACCCCAGAGUUUACUUAUGAAAGUCUAAAAUUAUUAUAAGAUGUUAUUGUUAUGUCACACAUUCCUAAACAAGCAUUGAUUUGUGCAAGUUUGAUUUAAAAAAUAGCUUGUUUCAAUGCUCUGGUUGAUAAAAUAAAAGAUUAUAACAUAAGGAAAUAGAUAUUCUUAGAAAAGAAGAAGUCAAAAUAAGAUUUGUAGAAAUUCAAAUAAUGUUUCACAAUUAUAGAAGCCAGAUUAUUGGAUUAAGAGAUUAAAUCAUGCAACAUAGCACAUGACUUUAUUUCGAAAGAUUUCUAUUAAGAUUUUCAAAAUAUCCAUUAAAUUUAGGAAGAAUUUAGCAAUUGUUCUUGUGAGGAUAUCUCUGCUCUUACAUCUUUGUAUUAAAGAUUGAUUUAAUCAUUCAUUUAAGAUUAAUAAUUAAUGGAGGAUUUGAAGAUAAAUAUCUAUCUAUUGAAAUUAAAAGAAAUACUAAAAGGCAAUAAAACAGUUGAAUUAUUCAAAGCUAAAAAGUAAUACAAUAGCCUAAUGUAGUUGUUGCAAUCUCAUAACCUUUAAAUUCCAAAUUUCAUCAUGGAAUUGAAUAACUUAUUAAAUAUUGCUGAAAAGAUUUAAAAUAUAGCAAAUAAGAUCAAAACAAAUCAACCCUAUACAUUUGAAGAACUAUAAUAAUCUGUAAAAGAUAUUGAUAAGAUUCAAAAUAUCAAUAUCGAAAGAUCUUAAGAUGUUGAGAUAAGAUAUCAUGAAUGCCUUUAAAUUUAAAAUGAAAUUCAAGAGAUUAUUCAAUCUCAAAUUAAAACAAAAGAAGUUGUAGUUCAAAACAUCUUAGAAAAGUUAUAGAACUUGCCCUUACCUGAGGAGAAACAAUUAGUGCAAUCUUGGUUGAACUCUUUCGAAUAGCUGAAGCAAAGUUAUUCCAUAUUAAGACAAACGAUCUCAAAAUAAAAGACAAAUCCUAAUAGUAAAGAAUUGACUGAUUUGAUGAACAAUUUUUAAAAGAAAUACAAAGAUAUAAUAAUAAUCUAUUCUGAUGCUGAUCAUUUUAUUAGAGAAUACUAAGAAUUUAAUAAGAAAUUAGAAUUUAUUGAAAAUAAUUUAUAAACUGAAUAGGCAUUCAAUGAUUUUCAUGAUUUACUCAGCAUAUUUCGAUGGGGGGAUCAAUAUGAAAGGGUCAAAAUUGCUAUUUGGAUUAAAUAAGUCAACCAAUUCAAGGAAAAUCCAUAAUAAAAAUGGGGAUUUGCUUCGUUUAGAAAUAUGUUGAAUCAAGGCUAUGAUAUAAUUGAUUAGGCUUUAAUGAAUAAUUAAAAAUUAUCAAUCGAAAAAAUGAAGGUUCCUUUAAUAUAUUUAGAAUCAAUCAUGACUAAAUUGAUUGAUUCAGUUGCAAGUGGAUCAAGUUUGGACUCUUGUGGUGAUGGAAAAGUUGAUGCUUCCCAACUUUAAAUUGAACUUUAGCAUAUUACUCAACAUGAUAAAUUAGAAAGGUUAAGAGAAUUGCAACCAAAGAAACCAUUUGAUGAUAUCAAUUCAUACUUUGAUAAGAAAUAAAAAUAAUCGAUUAGAAAGAAGAAUCAAUAGAGAGAAGAGAAAGAGGAACAAAAUAAUUAAGUUGACAGCAUUAAGAAAGUUAAGAAAUAGUAAACUAACGAAACAGUUACUUAAUAAUUGAGGGAUGCAAAGAAAAAGGAAUUACUAUAAGUUAUUUGGCGAAAUCCUACCUUAUCAAAUUUGAAAAAUUAGGAAUUCUUUUAGACCAAAAUAAAAAUAUUUGAAAAUUAAGAGUUUGGCACUUUCAAUACAAAUAAGUCAAGUAUAAUAUAUAUUUAUAAUUUAGUGUAUUUGGAGAGAAUGACAACACUCAUUUCAACCUUUAAAGAAUUGCAAUAAUUACCUAAUUUCUCAAAAAGAAUUGUUGAAAAAGGAUUCAAUAUAGAAUAGGUUAAUUAUGCAGUCAAAAAAUAUGAAAGCAAAGCACUAUUACAGAUAGAAGAAAAGUUGAUGUAAAGACCUAAUGCAUCAUCUUCAUAACAAUAAGAUUACAACCCUCUGGCUCCAAAUAAAAAUAAAAUUAUUGCUAUUCAACCAAUCAAUUAGAAAAAUGCCUAACCUGUUGCCAAAUAAAUAUAAUCUAAUUUAACACAAUCUAAAUAAGCUAAAGAAGAUGUUCUUAAUUAAAUUUUGAAUGAUUCAUAUCCAAACAUCAAAUAAUAAUAAUAACAAACCUAGUAAUAAUAAUAAAUCUAAUCUCAAUCCAAAUUGUUGUAGUAAUAAUAACAAUAACCUCAACUAUUUUAAAAAUAAUUAUUAUUAUAGCCAUAGAUAGUAUAAAUAUAAUAAAAAUCGUAAUAGUAAUAAUAAUUAUAAUAAUAAUAAUAGUAAUAAUAAUAGCAAUAAUAAUAAUAAUCAUCUAUUUUUGAGACUUUUCAUUCGGAUUAAAAUAAAUAAACUUCUCAAUAUCAAUCGCAAUAAUCACUCUAAUCAUAAUAAUCAUAAUAAUCAUAAUUUUAAUAAUAAUCCUCCAAAUCUUUGCUUUCUCCAAGUAGAUCUCUAAGUAAAGGAGUCAAUGAUUCCAUAUCAUCGGAUUUACCUGAAUUAGAAAUUUUGAAAAUGGAAAAUCCAAAUAAACCCAUUUUGUAUAAUCCAGAUGAUGAUGAACCAGAAUAAAAAGUGAUUAUUUAAAAAAUUGAAGUACAUUAAUUAAUUAUUUUAGGUAACACCACUUAACUUUGGAGAUAAAAUCUUAAAGAUAGGAAAGAGAUAUAGAUUUAAUAUAAAAGACUAAUAAAUGACUUGUGAGUUUUACACUAAUUCUUUGGAUAAUAAAUUGAAAGAGUUUCCUAAAAUAUCUAGUGAGUUUAAACACUAAAAAUUUUAAUAAUAAGAUACGACUUUGCAAUAGAUGGAAAGAUUAGUGAAUAAGAACAUGUAGAUAAUUUUGGCUGGAUGGGUGGUCCCAGAAAAAUAUGGUGAAUUAGGUGAUAUUCUAAAAUUAAGUGAGAUGUUACGAAAAGACUAAUAAUUUAUUUCAUUUCCUUUGAGUGACUCAUUUUAUACUGUGGUAUAUUUAAUGCAUUAUGAUUAAUUGUAAAACUCAUAAUUGUUUGCAAAUUUCAAAUUAACAGAAUUUGUGUCCGAAUCUCAUUACUAAAAAAGAGACUCUGGAAUCAUUAAAUUUUGGGGAAAUUUGAUUCCUAAAUUAUGCUUUGUAAUCACUAUAAAAUAAUAAACUGCAGCAAUGAUGUUGAGUAGUUUUAAUCCUUUGCAGUACGAUACUGUAAAGAAUGUAUUUAAGGUAUUUAUUUUUCAAUAUAUUCUUAGUCGAAGGAAUUUUGUAAAUGGGUUGAAAGUAAGAUAAAUGAAUAGAAAACAAAUAAGAAAUAAUCACAACAAUUAUAGUUAUAGUAAUAGCAAUAAUAAUAGUAAUAGUAAUAGCAACAGUAAUAAUAAUAAUAGCAAUAAUUAUAAGUAUAGUAAUAGUAGAAGCCAUAAUAGUAGUAAUAAUAAUCAUAAUAACCAUAAUAAUUAUAGACAGAAUUAGAACCUGUGACUUCUGAAGAGGAAGACCAUAAUGAAAGUAAUAAUUAAAAUGGUUAAGGCCAUUUAUUUGGUAAUCCGAACGGCGAGGUAAGGGAUUAUGUUUAAUAGUAGGAAAAUGGAUAUGAAUAAUUGCUUGCCUUGUUACAAUCAGAUAAACAAAUAAUGGGAGAGUUAUUUAAAAAUAACAAUAUAGGAUGA